GCCCAACCCAGGCCAGCCCGGCUCCCCACUCCCCUUCACCUGGUUCCGCCUGCUGGGGCCCCUCUCCUGACUCCUGGGGACACCGUGUGGGCAGCAACCGUCCUGGACCCACAGCCACGAGGCUCGUGUCCACCCUCACUUGUGACGUGUGUCCAUUAGGCCUCGUGCCCUGUGGCUGCCAGAAGACCCGCUCACCUGCUCACACCCUGUCUCCUCCAUCACCCCUGCAGCAUGGCCAUAUCCUCCCGCCUGGCCCUGUGGGAACAGAAGAUUCGGGAAGAGGACAAGAGCCCCCCACCUUCCUCCCCGCCUCCCCUGUUCUCGGUCAUCCCAGGGGGAUUCAUCAAGCAGUUAGUCCGAGAGACUGAGAAGGAGUCCAAAGAAGCCAGACGGAGAAAAGAGGCUGCCCUGGCCUCCCCAGAACGAGAGGCCCCAGAAGUUUCCAUCACCCAAGCCAGCAGCAAGACCAGCAGUGGCCCUCGGUCUGGAAGCUCGUGCAGUUCCCAGCAUGCCCAUACUUCAGGUGGAGACAGCCAGGGGCCUGGGGGUCCCCAUCCUGGGCCGGUGUCCAGCACAGAUGCGGGGGAGACCCCAGAACCAGCCAAGAGGACGCUGCCCAGCAGACGGGGCACGAGGCGGGGCGACGUGCUGCUCAUGGUCGCCAAGCUGGACCCGGAGCUGGCCAAGCCACAUGACUCCCCACCUGGCCACACUCCAGCCCCAGCCACAGACCCUGGAGGGGCGGAGAACAAGGCUGUGCCCCCUGCCAGCCCAGGGGUGCUGACCCCGGAGGCCCAGACGACCCGGACUGGGGGCCUUGGGGGUGCAGGUCAAGGAACACCAGAACAGAGGGGUCAAAGCACCAUGGGGAAGGAGAUCAGGCCCCCCUUGACCAAACAGCCCAAAGGGGGUGUGCCCCAGGGCCACAAGGAGCAGAGGACCAGGCCCCAGGCCCCAGGGGCAGGUGGUGGAGGGCAACCACUAACAACAGAGGGAGGGGAACCCCAAAACAAGACAGAUAAGGAGGAUUUGUCCCAAAAUAGAGGAGACCAGAUCCACACUGAGCCCCAGGUCCCAGCCAGAAAGUGGGGUGCUUCCCUGAGCAAGAAGAGCAAGGGGGAAGGUCCCCAAAGCAGGAAGGACAAAGCAGGUGUACCCCAGACCAAGACAGAGGAAAAGGAUGCAGGGCAGGAGCCAGGAGGGCCAGAGGGGGAUGCAGGGGGAGCUCCGCUGGUGACUGGGACAUCCCAGGAAGGAGAGGUGCCCAGAGAGGCAGGUGGCGAUGAAGGCCUGGCAGAGAAGGAAUGCAUGGCACCUGGGAAGGCAGCUCAGCAGGGAGCCUCCCCAGAGGGCUCUGGGACAGAGGACCAGCCAGACAACAGAGCCCAGGGCACCCGGGAGUCCCAUGGGAGCGCAGCGGAGGGCGUCCCCGGACUUCAGCUGGAGGCCAUGCCAGAGAGCCGGGUGGACGGGCCUCCUGCCCAGGGGCCGGCGGAGCAGGGGCCAAGGCCGCAGGAGCUGGAUGGCGGGGGCCAGAGCCUGGAGGCCCUGCAGGCUGGAGAUGGCAGAUGGUACGAGGCGGAGAAGGUCUGGCUGGUUCAGAAGGACGGAUUCGUGCUUGCAACGGUGCUAAAACCAGAUGAGGGAACAGCCGACCUGCCGGCAGGAAGGAUUCGACUUUGCCUUGAUUCCGACAAGAGUGUCACGGAGGUGGAUGAGGACCGGGUUCAUCGGGUGAGCCAAUCCCCUGAGCUGGACCAGGCCGAGGACCUGGCCUCGCUGGUCAGCGUCAACGAGUCCAGUGUCUUGAAUACCCUGUUGCACCGCUACAGAGCCCAGAGGCCCCACACCUGUGCAGGGCCGGAUCUGAUCGUCCUGCGGCCCCCCGGGCCUCCAGAGCUACCCGCAGGGCAGGUGCCACGGGCCUGUUGGGACAGGAUUCCAGCUCACGUGGGCUCCUUGGCCCAGCGGGCAUACUGGGCACUGCUGAGCCAACGGAGAGACCAGAGCAUUGUGGCCCUGGGCCGGAGCGGGGCCGGGAAGACGGCAUGCUGCCAGCAGGUCCUGGAACACCUGGUGGGAAUGGCGGGCAGCGUGGAUGGCAGGGUUUCAGUGGACAAGAUCCAGGCUGCCUUCACCGUCCUCCGCGCCUUCGGCUCCGUGUCCACCGCCCGCAGCUAUGCGGCCACCAAGUUUGCCCUGGCCAUGUCCCUGGACUUCAGCGCCACUGGACGCAUCACGGCUGCCCAGCUGCAGACCCUGCUCCUGGAGACUCGCCGGGUGGGCCGGCAGCCGGAAGGGGAAGGAAACUUCCAGGUGUUCUCACAAAUGCUGGCUGGGCUGGACCUGGAGCUCAGGACAGAGCUGAACCUGCAUCAGAUGGUGGACAGCCACGCCUUUGGCAUGGGCCAUUGGUCAAAGCCAGAGGACAAGCAGAGGGCAGCGGCCGCCUUUGCCCAGCUCCGGACCGCCAUGGAUGUGCUGAACAUCUCCCAGGGCGAGCAGCGGGCAGCAUGGCGCGUGCUGGCCGCACUCUACCACCUCGGUGCCGCCGGGGCCUGCAAAGUGGGCCGGAAGCAGUUCAUGCGCUUCGAGUGGGCCAACCACGCAGCCGAGACCCUGGGCUGUGAGUUCGAGGAGCUGAACACAGCCACGUUCAAGCACCACCUGCGCCAGAUCAUCCAGCAGGCGACAGCGGGGCCCGGGCACCGUGUGGAGGACGAGGCGGCAGCCAGCACAGGGCUCAAGAUGACGGGCGCCGAGUGCGUGGAGGGCAUGGCCGCUGGCCUGUACCAGGAGCUCUUUUCCGCCGUGGUCUCACUCAUCAACCGAUCCUUCUGCUCCCAACACCUGUCUAUGGCCUCCAUCACGGUGGUUGACUCCCCAGGUUUCCAGAACCCCCGGCAUCAGGGCCAAGGCCGGGCGGCAACCUUCGAGGAGCUGUGCCACAAUUACGCUCAGGAGCGUCUGCAGCUGCUUUUCUACCAGCGGACCUUUGUCUCCACGCGGGAGCGGCUCCUGGAGGAAGGUAUUCCUGUGCACUUUGACCUCCCAGAGUCUUCCCCAGAAACUACAGUGGCUUUGAUGGAUCAGAACCCCUCCCAGGUCCACUUGGCGGCUGGGGGUGGUAGCGAGGACACCAGGGGCCUCUUCUGGCUACUGGAUGAGGAGGUGCGGGUGGAAGGUUCCAGCGACAGCGUGGUGCUUGAGCGUCUGCGUGCUGCCUUUGAGAAGAAGGGAGCCGGGGCAGAAGGCCCCUUCGCCCUGCGGACCUGUGAGCAGCCGCUUCAGUGUGAGGUGUUCCACCAGCUGGGCCAGGACCCAGUGCGCUACGACCUCACCGGCUGGCUCCACAGAGCCAAGCCCAACCUCUCGGCGCUCGAUGCCCCUCAGCUCCUGCAGCAGUCGAAAAGUGAGGAGCUGCGCUGCCUGUUCCAGGCCCGGGCCAAGCUGCCCCCCGUGUGCUGGGCGCUGGCCGGGCUGGACGCCGCCUCCCCGCAGGCCUUGCAGCGUAACCGCGUGGUGAGACGGGCAUUCGCCAGCAGCCUCGCUGCAGUCAAGAGGAAAGCACCGUGUGCCCAGAUCAAGCUGCAGAUGGAUGCCUUGGUCAGCCUGCUCAGCCGAUCUCAGCUACACUUCAUUCACUGUCUGCUGCCGGCCCCGGUGGUGAUGAGUGACGCUGGACAGGGGACAGGUGGAAACCAGCCGGAGACUAGCCAGCCCCAAGCCCUGGACAUCCCGGCUCUGCGGGCCCAGCUCGCUGGCUCUCAGAUCCUGGAGGCGCUGCGGCUGCACAGGACAGGCUUUGCAGACCGCAUGGGGCUCCCCCAGUUCCGCAGGCGCUUCCAGGCUCUGGACCCCGCGCUGCUGAAGAGGCUGGCCUUGGCCCCCGAGGAAGUGGAUGAGCGGCAGGCGGUGGAAGAGCUUCUGCACACGCUGGACCUGGAGACGAAGGCAGUGGUCGUGGGGCACAGCCAGGUGUUCCUCAAGGCCGGCGUGGCGUCCAGGCUGGAGAGGCGGCGGGAGAAGAUGGUGGCUGGCAGCAUCACCCUCUUCCAGGCCGCGUGCCGGGGCUUCCUGUCCCGUCAGGAGUUCAAGAAGCUGAAGAUCCACCGGCUGGCCGCACGCUGCAUCCGGAAGAACGUGGCAGUCUUCCUGGCCGUCAAGGACUGGCCAUGGUGGCAGCUGCUGGCGUCCCUCCGGCCCUUGCUGAGUGCCACUCUAGGGACGGAACAGCUCCGGGCCAAGGAGGAGGAGCUGAGUGCGCUAAGACGGAAGCUGGAGAAAUCAGAGAGCUUGAGGAAUGAACUCCGCCAGAGCUCCGACCUACUACAAAGCAAGAUCACAGACUUGACUGCAGAGCUCUCUGAUGAGCGCUUCAAAGGUGACGUCGCAUGCCAGGCUCUGGAGAGCGAGAGGGCAGAGCGGCUACAGGCCUUCCGCCAGGUCCAGGAGCUCAAGAGUAAGUGCGAGCAAGUGCAGAAGAGCUUGGGGGACAUGGAGAAGCGGCUGGAAGAAGCGGAGCACAGGGUCCAGCUGAGCGACUUAGAGAGCAAGCACCCUGGAGGUGCAGAUGAGUGGCAGAUGCGUCUGGACUGUGCUCAAAUGGAAAACGACUUCCUCAGAAAGCGGCUCCAGCAGUGUGAGGAGAGGCUGGACUCGGAACUGGUAUCCAAGAAGGAGCUGGAGCAGAAGCUUGGGGAGCUGCAGAGCACAUAUGAGGAGGCCAAGAAGACAGCUCAGCAGCUGAAGAGAAGGUGCCACCAUCUGACCUGGGACCUGGACGACACCCGGGUCCUGUUGGAGAAUGAGCAAAGCCGGAACCACGAGCUGGAGAAGAAGCAGAAGAAGUUUGACAUGCAGCUGGCCCAGGCGCUAGGGGAGGCGGUGUUUGAGAAGACCCUCCGGGAAAAGGUGGCCCAGGAGAGCAGCACCGUGAGCUGGGAGCUGGACCGGCUACAGCAGCAGCUGCAGGAAAAGGAACAGGAAGUGGGGAAGCUGCAGCAGGAGGCUCAGGCGCUGAGGGAGCACAAGCGGGAGCUGCUGGCGGCUGCCUCACUGCGGGGAGAUGGCGGCGUGGCAACCUUGAAGGAGAGGCUCUGGGAGAUGGAGUCCCAAGCCCUGGAGCAGGCAGAGGCCCGGCGCCAGCAGGAGAGCACCAUCAGGCAGCUGGAGCAGGUGCGGGACCGCUUGGAGCUGGAGAUGGAGCGCAUGAAGCAGAUGUACCAGAAGGGGCACGAGGACCAGGAGGAAGAGCUGGAGGAUGUCCGUCAGUCCUGCCAGAAGCGGCUUUGGCAGCUGGAGACGCAGCUGGAGCAGGAGCACGAAGAGAAGCAGAUGGCCCUCCAUGAGAAGCGGGACUUGGAGACCCUGAUUGGGACCCUGUGUGAGCAGAUUGGCCACCGGGACUUUGAUGUGGAGAAGCGGCUGCGCAGGGACCUGCGGAGAACACACGCGCUGCUCUCAGAUGUCCAGCUCCUGCUGGCCACCAUGGAUGACGGCAAGACAUCAGCCAGCAAGGAGGAACUGGAGAAGAUGCACAGCCAGCUGGAGCAGAGUGAGGCGAAGUGCGAGGAUGCCCUGAAGACGCAGAAGGCACUGACAGUGGAGCUGGAGACCAUGCACAGCGAGCUGGAGAACAUGGCGCGGAGCAAGAGCCUGGUGGACGAGCAGCUGUUCCGGCUGCAGUUUGAGAAGGCCGACCUCCUGAAGCGCAUCGACGAGGACCAGGACGACCUGAAUGACCUCAUGCAGAAGCACAAGGACCUCAUAGCCCAGUCCGCUGCUGACAUCGAGCAGAUCCAAGAGCUGCACCUGCAGCUGGAGGAAGCUAGGAAUGAGAAGCAAAAGCUCCAAGAGCAACUGCAGGUGGCCCAGACACGCAUCGAGUACCUGGAGCAAUCCACCGUGAACCGCGCCAUUGUCAGCAGGCAGGAGGCGGUUGUCUGUGACCUGGAGAGCAGGACGGAGUUUCAGAAAGUGCAGAUCAAGAGAUUCGAGGUCCUGGUGAUCCGGCUUAGGGACAGCCUGAUCAAGAUGGGCGAGGAGCUGUCACAGGCCACUAUGGCUGAGACCCAGCAGCGGGAGAACAGCCAGUAUUACCAGCGGCGGCUGGAGGAGAUGAAGGCGGAGAUGGAGGAGCUGGUGCAGCGGGAGGCAGAGGCCAGCCGGCGGUGCAUGGAGCUGGAGAAAUAUGUGGAGGAGCUGGCAGCCGUGAGGCAGACUCUCCAAACAGAUCUGGAGACCUCUAUCCGGAGGAUCGCGGACCUGCAGGCGGCCUUGGAAGAGGUGGCAUCCAGUGACAGUGAUACCGAGAGUGUCCAGACAGCAGUGGACUGUGGCCGCCAUGCCAGGAAGGAGACAGACAACCUCUCCACUGUCAGCUCCCAACCAGAGGGAAGCCUGCAGUCCUGGCUGAGUUGUACCCUGUCCAUGGCCACAGACACUGUGAGGACACCCUCAAGACAGUCAGCCGGCAGCAGCCAUGUCCUGAGCCCCAGGACGGAGGAGGAAGUUGGAGAAGCCAAGAGAGCAACACCGACCUCAGCAGCGGUACCGAGCAGAGCCUGGGAAAGUGGGCCCUGGGCCUCGAGGGGUGACUGUGUGUCUCCCCGCCCCUCCUGUCACCUGGAGGAACAGAGGAAGGCCUCAGAGAGACCAGCAACCGUAUCCCCCUCCCUAGCUUCCUCGAGCCCUGCUAGGUCCCCAUCGCCUAGGGACAAGCUGCCCAGCCCCUCGGCGGCUCUCUCGGAGUUUGUGGAAGGCCUCCGCAGAAAAAGGGCCCAAAGAGGGGGCCGGGGGUCCCCACUGCACCUCGAGGACUGGCCCACACUGCCCAUUUACCAGACCACAGGGGCCUCUGCGCUGCGGAGGGGCAGGGCUAGCAGUGACGAGGGGGCCCUCUCCCUCGGGAUGGGGGCCCCGUCUCCCCCAGGAGCCGAGGGGGCCUCCGGGCUGCUGCGGUGUGCCAGUCUCAAAUGCAUCCCCUCCGAGGGUGCUGCAGGCACCGAGCUGCUGCCGGACAGGACGAAGACCCGGUUCAGCUCCUGCGAGUCCCUCUUGGAGUCCGGAACAAGCCUGGGGAGAACACCGGGACCCCAGGGCACACCCCGGGACCCACUGCUGUCGCCCUCCCUGCGUCCACGCAGGCGGUGUCUGGAGGCCUCGGUGGACGAUGCGGGCAGCUUGGACCUGGGGACCGAGCCCCUCGUCUUCCAGAACCGCCAGUUUGCCCAUCUGAUGGAGGAACCCCUCAGGGGUGACCCCUUCAGCUGGAAGCUCCCCAGCCUCCAUUACGGGCGCCAGGCCCAAGGGGACUUCGAUGACUUCCUGCCGGCCAUCCGGAAGCCCGCCACCCCUCUGUCCCUGGCUGGCGCAACCAAGGACAAGCAGCACCCGAGCGUCCACUUCGAGACGGAAGAGGCUGACCCCUCCUCUGUCUCUGGGAUCAAGACCGUCGUGAAAAAGAGCCUGGGGCCCCUGGAGGACCCCGCUCACCUCUCUGACUCCUCAUCCUCCUCCAGCUCCAUCGUGUCUCUCAAAAGCAACCCCGGUACCAAGAGUGGGCCGUCCCUCCCGCGGCUGGAGGGCGACGGUGGGGAGCGCGCGUCACCCGAGCGCCCAGAACGGGGCGCUGCAGGGAGAGGCGAGGACGUGGAGAGCAUCAUGAAGAAAUACCUCCAGAAGUAGGGUUCGGAACAGCCUCCUGGGACGGUGGCCGCCAUAAACGAGUGCCUGACUCCACAGGCCUUGGAGAGAGAUGGAGACCAUCCAGGCUCCCUGGCAUCCUGAGUCUGGAGCCAGGCACCCCAGCAGCCCUCAAGAGGUGAGACGAGGCCUGGAAGGUGCCUGCCCUGCUGCAGCGUGGGGCUCCCUGUGUACCUGGUCUGUCUGUCCAAAAUAAAGUUGGCUUCCUUGCA